CAAGCCAAGUGUGGAUUCAGUCUUCAGAUACUGGAGAUAAUGAACAGCUCGGGGGUGGAGUACAACACCUUUGAUAUCCUAGAAGAUGAGGAGGUUAGACAGGGUCUAAAGACAUACUCAAACUGGCCAACGUACCCUCAGCUAUACGUCAAUGGGGAGCUCAUUGGCGGGCUGGACAUUGUGAAGGAGCUUAAAGACAGUGGAGACCUUUCUUCUGUCCUGAGGGGUGAAUGCUAGAUUCCUGUAGUACUGUUACUGUGAUGGGAAUGAGCUAUGGACUACUGCACUCUUCCUUCCCCUCUCUACCCUCUUCUUCCUCUCUCUACCCUCUUCCUCUCUCUACCCUCUUCUUCCUCUCUCUACCCUCUUCUUCCUCUCUCUACCCUCUUCCUCUCUCUACCCUCUUCUUC